AUGACGGCUUCCGAUUGGAGAAAAUCUCUAGGCUUCACAGAUAGGUUAACGGCCAUUCAGUCUCUGACCACUGCCUAUCAACGCGCCUCCUCUGCUGCUGCGUUCACGGAGGCGCAAUCUCAAGCCAAGAGAUUUGAGAGCGAAGCAUAUGAACAGGCUGCCUCGAAGGAGGAAUACGACGGGUUCUGUCAGGAAGCCAUUGACGCGGCUGAGUCCCUAGGGUCAGUAGACCCUGUGAUUAGUAGUACUAGCCAAUCGCACAACGAAUCCGAAGAAGAAUCUUGGACCGCAGGUGAAAACAUUGGCCCAUACCAGUCAUGUGUACACCAUUAUGAUGGGCUCCAUUCUACCAUAUAUAAAUCCAAAGCCGAGGAUGGGACUCUCGUUGCCGUCAAAGUCACUAUCCCUCAUCUCUUAACAGAGCCACACGACGCAGAACGCGAGGUUCAACUUCUGCGAGAGGCUGCCAGCGCUCGCGUAAUACCCUUAAGAGAAGCAUUGAAACUUGGAGGGAGACUCAUCCUGGUGUUUCCCUUCAUGAAGUAUGACUUUGAGCAGUUGCUCCGUCGUGACAUGUUAACUGCGACUCAGGCGAGGUCUCAUUUGCAGGAUAUGUUCAAUGCACUGGUGCACAUACAUGAAAUGGGGAUUAUACACCGUGAUAUAAAACCGUCUAAUAUUCUAUUGGAUUCACCCGACGGACCGGCCUAUCUUGCGGACUUUGGAAUUGCCUGGAAGGAAGGAUUAAAAACAUCUGAACCCGCCGAUCGGAAGAUCAUAGAUGUAGGAACAACGUGCUACCGACCACCAGAGAUAUUGUUUGGUUUUAAAGGGUAUGGUGCUGCCCUUGAUCUAUGGGCAGCCGGAUGUGUUGUUGCAGAAACGAUAGCUGUCGGCCACAAGCAGCUGUUCGAUUCUGGGCCACUGGGAAGUGACUUGUCACUCAUUCAUUCUAUCUUCAAAACGCUGGGCACUCCGGACGAAAAUAGUUGGCCGGUGGUACAGGAGACGAGAAAUCUGCCAGACUGGGAUAAGGUGCAGUUUUAUAUAUACCCUGCCCAACCAUGGGAUGCCAUCCUCAAGGGGGCAUCCUCCAAAGGCCGUGAUCUUGUGAGCCAAUUGGCCCUGGGUCAUCCAUAUUUCUCGGCGACUUAG